CAACCCGGUUGCUGCCAUUAUUAAACCGUAGAAGAAGACACCGACCUGAAGACGAGAGGAAAAAAUGACAGGGCGCGCAAAAAGAAAAUCCAAAGUAAUUCAGGACUCGGACUCGGUCAACGGAGACGUGAAGAAAGCCCGGCCCGAGGAAAGCAAACCUGUGCCGUUGUCCAGAGUGAACAAAGAGCAACGCGAUGAGUUGGUGCAACUGUACAGGCUUCCCAUGCCAGAAGAUCUGUACCACUUUUGGGAUUUCUGCGAGGAGCUCUGUCCUGACAACCCUUGUGGAGCUCUAAAAGACACCCUCGGUUUGCAGCUUGUUGGACCUUUUGACCUUCUGGCAGGAGCUCACAAAAACGCCAAGACUCCUCAGCCCAACUUUCACCUUCACUGGAGGUUUUUCUACGACCCCCCGGAGUUUCAGACUGUCCUUACUGGGAGUGAGGCCAGCCAGCAUCACAUGGGCUACUACAGGGACACGCCUGACUCGCUUCCUUCAUUUGUUGGUGAAAAUGAAGCAAAGAAGGGCUACUCGAUUACACAGAUGGGCGAUAACCUCUUUGCAGCUGUCUAUCUAUACCUGCUGAGGAAGAAGAAGGAGAGGAGCAGUAAAGGAGCAGAAGGAGAGGCUUGGAAAAGCUUGGAGGUGAAGCUUCGAGAGAAGGCUGAGAGUCUUGGCUUUUCCUUGGAGCAGAAGACCAAAAGCAUGAAGCAGCGGGAGAAAAAGGUGGUAACCAAAACAUUCCACGGUUCAGGUAUUGUUGUGCCUGUUGACAAGAAUGAUGUAGGAUACAGAGAACUACCAGAAACAGAUGCUGGUCUCAAGAAGAUCUGUAAAGCCAUCGCCGAAGCACGAAGUGAUGAAGAGCGUGUCAAAGCCUUUGGACCGAUCCAGGAGAUGAUCACGUUUGUUCAGUUCGCUAAUGACGAGUGCGACUAUGGAAUGGGCUAUGAGCUAGGAAUAGAUCUCUUCUGUUACGGAUCUCAUUACUUUCACAAGGUUAUCAAGCAGCUUCUGCCCAUGGCCUACAGCUUGCUGAAAAGAAGUUUGUUUGGUGAAAUUUUGGAGGCCCACCUCUCCUGUCGCAGCCAUGACAACCUGGACCAACUCUGUGCGCAAUAAAAGAAAAGUAAAAAAAAAAAAGACUGAAGUAGUCCCUCCAAAAGUUUUAUUUCUGGUUCUUAUAAGCUUUCCCACCAUGUGUUUUAAAUUUCUGUUUGUCUUUGUUAAUGUUUUUGGUGGUUUUGUUGCUGCUGUCACUUAUGGAACUGUUUCAGUGGUACGUUGUUUGUAAAAGCUAGAUGUGUAAUAAAGCAUUUUUAUAUUUUUACAAAUUA